ACAUUCUUCGGCUUCGUUUUCGGGGUUGGGGUUGCUGUGUUGUGUCGUGAGGGAAAGCACUGUUAGCAAAAAUGCCAGAUCCACACGACGACAACGUGUUUAGAAAGUUUUGCUCCGCUGUGUUCAAUACUGUUGACAAGCCGGUUACGUGGUUCAGAGAGCGUGUAGUGGUGCCAAACCGGAAGGAGUACCCCUGGUACCAUCAAAAGUUCAACCGGGUGCCGACCAUUGAUGAGUGCUACACGGACGACAUGAUGUGCUUCUUUGAAGCGAAUGAGCAGUGGAAGCGUGACAGGCAGGUGGACCGCGAGAUUGUGAACAUCCUGCGCCAGCGGUGGCGUGACUGCGCCUUCUACGAGGGCGUCGACGCGCCCAGGAAGUGCGUCGACUUGGAGAGGAUCUCCCAGGAGGCCGAGACCAACUUCUUCAUCAAGUACGGCGACCUGAGCGCGUACGCCUCGGUCAAGGACUGCUACAUGAAGCAGAAGCACCGCAUGCUCUGGGAGAGGAGGCACGGGCCGGUGGGCACCGGCAUGAAGCAGCAGGCCUAGGACCCGGCCGCCGUAGUCAGAGGAUGCCGACGUCUCGCACGCCGCUGCCCGGUGCGCGCCAGUGGACGUGGGAAUUUUGUAGAUAACGGAGCGGCUGGUGUGUAUAUACAUGAGGAAGAUACG